GACAGCAGCCGACAGCGUGGAGACUGCUGUGAUCAGGGGUAGAGGGCGCUUUUCGUGUUUCUUUUCGUAUUUUGCAUGAAUUUCUGCUUUACUUUGGUGAUCAACUGAUUUUGGAAUUUGUUCAGAGACUGAGGGUCUGUUGUCAUUGUUGUUUGAGGGAUUGUGGAUCUUGUUACGGUUCCUCAAUGGGAAAUUUGACUGGGAAUAACUGGUGAACGCUGAGGAGGUUGAUUGAUGCGGCUGCAUUAGGAGCUUGGGCGUUUUCGGACUUUAGACGUGUCAAACUUAUUUAUUUUCAAUACCCAUACGGGAUAAAAGUGUUUUGCUUCUCAGAGGAAUUUCUAGUGUCGUUUGAUCGUAAAGUGGCGGUACUUUUGGGCUUUUAUCCCCGAUAGCCGAGGAAUUCAAGAAAUUGUUUCGACUCAGGCAUAACCAAGCAGGUGUGGUGUGACUGAUCUGUUCUUUGAGAAAUCAAGAAUUGAGGAGGGAUUCGGAGAAUUCAGGGAUGGAGGAUACACAAGAGGAAACACAAUUUGUUGUCGAUGAUGUGAGCAAAAUCAUCAAGGAGGCGAUUGAGGUGUCAAUCGGUGGGGAUGCAUAUGCACAUAAUAAAGUUAGCCAGUGGACGUCGAACGUGGUUGAGGGGUGCCUAGCGAGCCUUACAAAAUUGCAAAAGCCUUAUAAAUAUAUUGUUACAUGUACAAUUAUGCAAAAAAAUGGAGCAGGCUUGCACACAGCGAGCUCAUGCUUUUGGGACAAUGCAACUGAUGGCAGUUGCACAGUACGUUGGGAGAACAAGACGAUGUACUGCAUCGUUUCCGUCUUUGGAUUAGCCAUUUAAACGUUUCUAGUCAGCUUCCAAUCAAGCCACUGACAUUAUUGGAGCUCUGCAGAGUUAAUGUUCAUUGAAUGGGAUGAAAAGUCGGGGUUUAUGGCGCUUCUGAAGGCUACUCUAUGUAAAAUAGAUGUAGAUAUUCCUCCCAUUUUUCGUCGUCAAUUCGAAAUUAUUUUACCCUAAUUAGUUCCCAAUCAAAUUCCUAGCGAUGCUGUCGUUUUGAAUAAAUUAUUCUGAUCUAAUUUAUAUUUGCUACACUUUUUGUACUAUUCAAUACUUUGAUUUGUGAGUAAUAAAAAAUAUAUUUAAUUUAAUUUCUCUCAUAUUCCAUUAGCAUAGGCAAGCUUAAUGUAGAGCAACUAUGGAAAAGGGGACUGAGGCCUUGGGAAAUAGACAUGUGCCUCUGCCUUGGUCAGAAUCUGAAGAUUAUUCUUGUAAACGUGAAUUGAAAAUCUUUAUUUUAUUCUUCCUUUUUAUAUCACAAAUAUAUGUAUAAUGAUGUCAUUGUUCUGUAUUUUCAUCUAAUCAUUAAUACUGUUUCUUAAGAAUUAAAUGGAAAAUAAAAAGAUUGAAAUUUA